CAGCCGUCUCCAGCAGCUACGAAAGAUCUCCACUGACGCAUGCUGUAGAAGUAACGUUACAGUGACUACCUAGAAAGUAAAAAGUACGGGAGACGUACUUUUGGAGUGGAGCAUGGAUAUAUGCUAUGAACGUGAUGCAGAGAUGUCGGUGGACAGUGAUGAUGACAUUGACUGGACACGCAAUUUCUCGGAUAACGUUAGGGUACAGGAAGGAAUUCAUCCCAUUACGGCCACUUCUUCUCUUAGUAAAUGUAGAAAGACCCUUGGCACAGCCCCCAUGAAAGCUCCCUCCCAGAGGGUAAUCUUGCACUUUGACCUGGACUGUUUCUAUGCCCAGGUGGAAAUGAUCCGGAACCCAGAGUUACGGAACAUGCCUUUAGGUAUUCAACAGAAGAAUAUCAUUGUGACCUGUAACUACGUGGCCAGGGAGUGUGGCGUGACCAAGCUUAUGUUUGUGACGACCGCCAAGGAGAGGUGUCCACAGUUGGUGCUGGUCAGUGGAGAGGAUCUCACUCACUACAGGGAGAUUUCCUACAAAGUCACAGAACUGCUAGAGGGGUAUUCUCCACUUGUGGAGAGACUGGGCUUUGACGAGAAUUUCAUGGACGUCACAGAUAUGGUGGAGGCCAAGCUGAGACAGGAGCCAGUACCUUAUGAUUUUACUGUCAACGGUCACAUAUACAACCAGCAAUCCCUUGAUACUAGAGCAGAGACCCAUAUGAGACUGGCUGUUGGCUCCCAUAUAGCAGCCAAGGUGCGGGCAGCCCUUCACACAAAACUGGGCCUCACAGGCUGUGCAGGAGUUGCGACCAACAAGCUCUUGGCCAAACUGGUGUCGGGCACCUUCAAGCCGAAUCAACAAACCACUGUGCUGCCAGAGAGCACAGCAGACCUAAUGAGAAGCCAAGAUGGCUUGCGGAAAGUGCCAGGAGUGGGACACAGAACGGCGCAGAGGUUGCAGACCCUGGGGUUGAGCAGUGUGAGGGACUUGCAGUGUUUCCCCCUAACACAGCUGGGAAAGGAAUUUGGAGUGUCAGCCGCACAUCACCUUCACAACCUCAGCUUGGGGAUCGACGACACCCCUGUCACUCCCACUGGCCCACCGCAGUCUCUUAGUGAUGAAGAUUCCUUCAAGAAAAUAUCCACAGAAACAGAAGUUUUGGAAAAGGUAGAGGAACUUUUGACCAGCCUUCUGGAUAGGAUGCACAAAGACGGGCGGCAGCCUGGGACCAUCCGUCUGACCAUCCGACGAUUUUCAGCGACCAACAAGUGGUACAGUAGGGAGAGCAGACAGUGUCCCAUCCCCAGCAAUAUCGGAAAGAAGAUCAUUUCAGGAGGCCAGGACGCAAAAGCACCUCUAGUCAACAUCACCAUGAAGCUGUUCCACAAAAUGAUUGACAGGACAAAACCCUUUCACCUCACCCUGAUAAACAUCUGCUUCAGCAAUCUGCAGGCCAGAGGUGCUGAUGGAAAGGGCUCAAUCAGCUUCUUUUUCGCACCAAGGUCACCCAGGAAACCUGCAGAUCAGGAGAAGUCUUGCCUGGAAGACACAAUUGACACUAGCUUCAGUGACACAAGCCUCAGAGGGGCAGAACUUGUACGUGGCAUAGAGGCUGCCAUGGCAAAGGAUAAAUCACAAAGGGUGCCCUCAGUGACUUGUACUCUUGGACCAGAAAGCCCUCCCUCACCUCCCCCAGGGGUUGAUCCCAGUGUUUUCCAACAGCUCCCGCGCUACAUACAGAGGGAACUGAAAUCAAGUACACCUUCAUCAUCUUCUCCCAGUCCCACUGGGAAAAACGUGCAUUCAUUCACAGCACUGGGCCAAGCAGAUCAGGCAAGGUCAUCCCUGAAACACCCAACCACAGAGAAAACCCUUGAGUGUACAUUGGAAGACCCUCCCACUGCUCCACAUUGGUAUAUCGGACAAAGUGGCAGCAGGCACACUCAGCCAAGCUCAGCUGAUGACGAAUGGGAUCCCUGUUAUCCACAUUGUUCAUUCCAAGAAAGAGCUGAGGGGAAAAACCACACAGACAGUACAUCACAAAUUCCACCCUCUGAAUCUGUUUUCCCCCCUAACAUAGACCCCAUAGUGUUCUCAGAACUGCCGGCAAAGUUGCAAAGGGAGUUACUGUCUGAGUGGAGGCAGCAGAAACCAGUCUCAAAAAUUCCCACCACAAAAAUGCUGAGAAGACGACCAGCCAAAGAGACAAAGUCCACUACAGCCAAAAGCCCUCAAUCCAAUAACUUGCUGAAAUACUUCAAGCCCUGUUGAGCCUACAGGUGUGGUCCUCACUCUGCCUUAGUGAUGUGUAUAUGCAUAUUUCGGUUUAAAUGCUUUCUUGACCUGAUGUGAAAUAAAUUCAACUGAAUAGCUUGGAGCACAUUGAAUCAACUCUCUUAAAGGCCUGCAAUUUCCUUUGUUUUUUUAGAACGUGA